AUGUCAAAGGAAGUUUCUGAAAUAGAGAUUGUUACUGAUGCAGUGAGUUACUACGGACUGAUUAUUGUGUUAGCUUUCGGAACUUUCGGUUGUAUUUGUAAUUUUAUUACUUUUACAGCAUCACAAUUACGAAAGAAUCCUUGUGCCUUCUAUUUUCUUGGUUCAACUCUGUUUGAUUUAUUAUCGAUGACAUUCGGAGUUAGCACUCGUUUUGCUGCGGAUCAUUUUGAUAGUAAUCUACACAGUUCAGAUCGAGUCUAUUGUAAACUUCGUGCUUAUCUAGUCUCGACGAUUCCAUUGGUAUCGAUGUAUUUAGUUUUAUUAUCGUCUUUCGAUCGAUGUAUGUCAUCUUCGGUUAGUGUUCGUUUUCGUUCAUUUAGUCAAAUGAAAAUAGCUUAUCGUGCGACGGCCAUAGCUAUUGUUGUUAGCUUACUCUCAUGCUCUCAUAUUCUUUAUUCAUAUGAUCUUCGACCAGUAUGCGCAACUAUGCCCGGUCCUUAUGCUAUGUUCGACGGGAUUUUUUUAGUCGUUUGGUUGGGUAUAAUUCCUCAUGGGCUAAUGCUAACAUUUGGUUUUACUACCGUCAUGAAUAUUCGACAAACAAAACGACGAACAGCGGUUCACUGGCAGACAGUAGGCAUCGCAGUUUUCAGUGCAACUCAAAGUAUUGAAAGAAAAAAAAAUAUUCAAUUAAUUAUAGUGAGUGAUAUAUGA